CGUGACCAUAGAACACUCGAAUCAAGGGACCCUGCACUCAAAAUAGCACUUACUAUACAUGGCAGGAAGACUGACUUACCCUUACUAUACUCUUGCUCUACCGACUAGACGCCGAAGCUGCACAUCGAAGACGACUCACUGGCCAAGUUGAAUCAGAACCGUGCCAGAGCGAGAGCGCAGGAAAGGGAUCAAUUCAACCUCAAACCUUGCCUUUGUUUCCGAAGUUAUGAUGAGUGUCUCGGCGGCGGAGGACUGUUUAACCUUCUAUCUCCUGCAUGUCUUCUGCUAUAUCCACUGAAGAGGCGGAUACACCUUCCAACCAGACACUGCAUGAAGAGAACCUGACGGAAAAACACGAACGCAGCCCAACCCCGACGGAAACUCACACCGGGAAUGAGCUCGAAAAGGCCCAAGACUCGGAGGAUGAUUCGUUUCUCGUCAAGCUCGAUCCCUCUGAGGACCCAGUGCUAUUCUCGCCAUUCAAAAAGUGGCUCGUCAUCAUGGUCAUUUCGGCGGGAUCGUUCUGUGUGACAUGUGCAUCGUCUAUGGCCUCGUUCACCGAGCAAGCCCUCGCCGAAGAAUUCCAUGUAUCCCGGGAGCCGACCAUCCUCAUGAUCAGUCUCUUUGUGCUUGGGCUCGGGGUGGGUCCGUUGAUUACCGGACCGUUCUCGGAGGUUUAUGGGCGCUCGAUCAUCUACCAAGUCUCUUACGUGUUACUGGUUUUAUUCAGUCUUCCGGUGGUCUUUGCACCGGAUUUGGGUGUCGCGCUUACGUUCCGUUUCUUACUCGGUGCGGCUGGAGCGUCUUUCCUCAGUGUUGCCGGAGGAAGCAUAGCAGACUUGUUCUCCGGUCCACAGGUCAGAAUGCCCAUGGCAGCUUAUACCAUGUCUCCGUUCUUGGGCCCAGUCUUCGGGCCAUUAUUGUCUGGUUUCAUCAAUCAGAAUUUGUACUGGAGAUGGACGUAUCGGAUCUUGAUUAUUUGGAGCUUUGUCCAACUUAUUGCCAUUUUCCUGUUUGUGCCAGAAACGUAUGCCCCUGUCCUUCUGCGAAGAAAGUCGCGCCGACUUCGCAAAGAAACCGGCGAUGAGCGGUACUGGGCGCCACUGGAUCGGCAUGAAAUAAAUUUUGCUUGGUCGCUUCUGCUCAGUUGUUAUGUUCCUUUCAGUAUGAGCCACUCGACUCCCUUCAUUUUCGCGAUGUUAAACUUGUUCUUUAGAGCUUCUGAUGUUCGACAGAAUGGCCCUUCUGCUCGAUACCUGGACUGCUCUGCUUCUCGGAAUCUUGUACCUAAUGUUCCAGGCCUUUCCGAUCAUAUUCGAACAAGGGCACCACUUCAACGUUCAGAGCACCGGCCUCACCUUUCUGGGCAUCGGCAUCGGCAUGGUCGCGGGUCUUUGUACACAGCCAUACUGGGACAAGCAAGUCUCAGCCUAGCUUCCGCGUCUAGUGUAUUGGCUAAACACAAAUACAGACACCAUGCCAGAGCGGCUGCUGCCAAUGGGGGCAAGGCGCCUCCCGAGACGUUGCUCGUCAUGGGGCAAGUCGGGGGAAUCAUGGUUCCGCUGUCCUUGUAUUGGUUUGCAUUCACGACAUAUCCGCGCGUGCAUUGGGUUGUGCCCAUUAUCGCCUCAAUUCCCUUUGGCACAGGGACCUUCUUCGUGUUCACGGCAACGUUCACGUAUCUUGUCACUGCGUAUCGUCCAAUUGCGGCCAGUGCCAUGGCCGCAAACAGCGCUCUCCGCUCAAGUUUUGCUGCCGCCUUUCCGCUCUUUGCUGGCGCCAUGUACAACAAAUUGGGAACUGUGGGUGCAACGGCGCUCCUUGCAGGCCUGGCCACCAUCAUGGUGCCUCUCCCGUUCAUUUUUUAUCGCAUGGGUCCUGAGUUGAGGGCCAAGUCCCGUUUCGCAGUAUAAAAGGUGCAUCCCAUACAUAUCCACCAACAUCAUUCGAGGUAUUCAAUUUUUUUUGCGCAAUCUGAGACUGGCAGGGCAUCCAAACAAAAAAGCCACUAUCAACUGUCUGAGGUGG